UGGAUAAUAGAAAUGGUUUAUAUGCAAAUGCGAGCAAAAGCUGAAACUAGAAAGAAAGAAAAAGAAAAAUCUUAUCUCUUCUCCCUCCCGGCCCUCGCAGCUCCCGAGAAGCGUCGACAAACGGAGCUCCGCGCCGCGCUCCAGCCUCUCCACGUGACCCCGCACGCUCACAGUCUCACACUGCCCCGCCGCGCUCCAGCCUCAUGUCUCUCCUCACCUCCCCCACGCCGUUCGGCACGGCCGCCGUCCGCCGCCGCGCCGUCCGUGCCGCGGUCCCGCUUCUCCGCGGCCGCCUGCACGUGGCGCUCGCGCGCCGGGGCGGCGUCUCGUCCCGCACGCAGCGGCGCCUCGAGGAGCGCGGCGGCAAGAAGCGCCGCGGCGGCGGCGGGGUCGCGGCGCCCGACGUGGACGAGGACGCCUCCGCGGCCGCGGGGGAAGCGGCGGCGGAGUGGGAAGGCGAGCCGCUGGGGUUCGAGGUAUCGACGGAGCCUAUGCCGAAGCUGCCGGAGCCGGAGACGCCUGACUUCUGGGAGGGACCUCAGUGGGAGGCCCUCGGCUUCUUCGUGCAGUACAUGUGGGCGUUCGGCGUCGUGUUCGGCCUCAUUGCUUGCGGUGUCGCCGUGGCUACCUACAAUGACGGAGCAACGGACUUCAGAGACACUCCUGCUUACAAGGAAUCAAUCCAAUCACAGGAGUUCCCUGAGGAAGCCGAAUCAUCAAACGCUGACGUGUUUGAAGGUAAUCCAACUGAGGUAGCACCUGCUCUUGAGUAGGACCAUCGAGGAUACAUGGGGGAGAAAAGAUGAUGGCUCUCUAUUUGAGCUAUAGCCUAUAGGGCUUUGCCUUGUGGUAGCCGAUAAGACAUGUAAAAGGUUCGGUUGAAAUCGUAAUACUAAGAAAAUUUGGCUGGUAUGUACUGAAUUUUCCCUUGGAAGGAAAUAUAGAUGACUAGUGGUGAUGAAAUUCUACUGUAUUUUUUACCAAAAAGUAGAGAAAGAAAAUGAGAGCAAGCAUUGCCUUCUUCCA